CUCUUGUCUGACUACAAUGGAUGCGAGUGUCGAAGCAGGUGGUUUUGUGUGUAUGUCGAAUGUGUCAUAAAUUAGGUUUGUCACCUGUACACCUGCUGUACAGCCGAGUUCGGAUUCUAUGCCUUUUGUUUCUAGUAGGUAGGGGAAUGUCCUUUUUUAGUACACACUCUCCAUCUCUCUUUCUCUAUCUUUCUGUGUAUGUGUGUUGGGGUGGGAGGUUCUAAAUGGGCAGCAGCAUCGCUCCAUCUCUGUUGCGCAUUUCCCCAGCCAGGAGUCGAAAGCUUGGAAAGAGAGGAGAAAGCUUUGUUCCUGAAGUUCAGGAACCAGGACCAAUGUUUAGGGGAGUGCGCAAGGUCAGUGCAAGUUGGGAAAAAGGUGAAAGUUGAAUCUGGCGAUGAUGCUGCAGCACCUGCAAUCUGCAGCUGGGAGAGCGGCGAAAAAAGCUCUUUGAUCCUGGUCGCUGGCUGAUAACAAAGUUGAGAGCGAGCGAGUGAGCUUUGGCUCGGCAGGGAUAUGUGCUGCGAGGAUAUAAAAGGAUGCUGGCUGCUGGCGCACUUUCAGUUGGAUUCCGAGCGAGGCAGCAGCAGCACUAACAACAGCAGCUCAACCAGGAGAGACCGAACCACCGAAGGGAAAUGGACACAGAGCUGGGAAAACUAGCUCAGCCUAGUGUGUGUGUGUGAGCCCGCAGUAGUGGCUGUGCUAGUGUUAGAGUGUGUGCGUGUGCGUGUACGUUGAAGAAAAGAACAGAGCUAGUGGCAGGAUGCAGGACUAGGACUAGGACAAGACUUAACGUGCUAAGGACGCGCCACUCUGAUUGACCAGGAGCAGCCAGGAACAGCCGCCGCACUGGCUUCGUUUUGCGAGCGCGGCUUGAUGCCCGAUUCGAUGAUGGACAUGGAGCAUCGGGACCAUCAGCUGCACCGCCAGCAGCAGCAAUCGCACCACCAUCAGCCCAACCGUCUGGCGGCCAGCACCAGCACCUUUGCGCCACCCGCUCCGGCGGGGAGUCAGUCGGAGGAACGGGAUCGGGAUCGGGACAGGGACAGGGACAGGGACAGGGAACGGGACCACCAUCUGCACCACCAUCAGACCAAUAAUGUGGUCUCAUCACCACUGCCAGUGACUGCCUCCAUACAGUUGCAUCAACAGCAGCCGCAGCAACAACAGCAGCAGCAGCAACCACUGACGCAGUUGCAGCAACCACAGUUAAGGGAACGCGAACACCACCAACAGCAGCAGCAGCAGCAACAGCAGCAGAUGAUGCAGCAACCACAGCAGCAGCAGCAGCAGAUGCAGCAGCCGCAGCAGCAACUGCCACACAGCCAUCAUGCGCUAAUGCAGCAAUCGCAACAGCAGCAGGCCAUCCAUCGAGCCGAGGCGCGAAGAGAUACACAAGCAAAACAUUCACAUGGAUUUCUCUAUUCGGACGAGGAAAUCAGCGAUAAGGCAUCAACAUGCGGAAAAUUGCUAAUAUUUCUCUCCGUGGCUCUUGUGAUAAUGACGCUACCCUUCAGUCUCUUCGUCUGCUUCAAGGUGGUGCAGGAGUACGAGCGCGCGGUUAUCUUCCGUUUGGGUCGUCUUAUGCAGGGAGGUGCCAAGGGCCCAGGUAUCUUCUUCAUCCUGCCCUGCAUCGACUCCUAUGCUCGAGUGGACUUGCGUACUCGCACCUACGACGUACCACCGCAGGAGGUUCUCACAAAGGAUAGCGUUACGGUUUCGGUGGAUGCAGUGGUUUACUAUCGGGUAUCAAAUGCGACCGUCUCUAUCGCGAACGUGGAGAAUGCUCACCAUUCGACCAGGCUACUGGCACAGACUACUCUACGAAACACAAUGGGAACUCGGCAUUUGCAUGAGAUACUCAGCGAGCGUAUGACGAUUUCCGGCACAAUGCAGGUUCAACUCGACGAAGCCACCGAUGCCUGGGGCAUCAAAGUUGAACGUGUGGAAAUCAAGGACGUGCGUCUGCCGGUGCAACUGCAACGUGCCAUGGCCGCGGAGGCAGAAGCCGCCCGGGAAGCCCGUGCCAAAGUCAUCGCCGCCGAAGGAGAACAGAAGGCGUCGAGGGCUCUUCGCGAGGCAUCCGAGGUGAUUGGCGAUUCGCCGGCUGCACUCCAACUGCGCUACCUUCAGACACUCAACACCAUAUCUGCGGAGAAGAACUCGACGAUUGUGUUCCCGCUGCCCAUCGAUUUAAUAACAUAUUUCCUGAAGACCAACGAGGCCACAACGCAGCAAAAUGCCCGAGCAGCUGCGGCAGCAAUUGGCAACACACCGCCGCCACUGCAACUGGCACCGCAGCAGCAGAUGCAGCAGCAACAACCGCAGUACCAACAGCCACUGCAGCAACAGCAGCAGCAGCAGUUCCAGCCGCAGCAGCAACAACAGCAGCAGCAGCAACAGUCGCAGCAGCAGCAGGAUCAACUCUAUCAGCAGGGGCAGCAGAUCUCAUCAGCCAUGUAAAUCAGCUUAAGAUCACAAAUGUUUCGGCCUCGUCGACUCCAAAAUGUCCUGCACAAUGUUGGAAGAAAAUCCUGUUAACGAGAUGGCAUAAAAAUACCUCAGGAAUAUGUAUCAUACUUGCAUUUCCUUCGAAAAAAUGCAUAUAUCAAUAUCGAUAGAAAAAAGGAUUUUGAACAGUGUCUUUUUGUUCAGUCGAAAAUAUUGCUUCGCAUUUUCAAAGGCUGGGUAACUCUGACGUCCAGCUUAAAAAUAUGUAUCUCAAAUCCCAUAGCCCUCCCUCCCGAGAUGCACAUUUUAGAGUUACUUUCCUUUAGGGAAUGAAAGCUGGAUAUGCAUUUUUUGUUAGGGAAUGCAAGUCAUUUUCCUGGGCUUAUUAAGCAUCAGUUAAAAACAUGAUUGUGCAGAGCGUUUCAACAUAAAAACAAAAAACAAAACAACAACCAACGGAAACAACGAUUCAAAUGAAUCAAAAAUCUUAGUUCAUAACACCGAUAAGUGCGAUUCGAAUGCGUUAGCCGACUGCAGAUCCUUCACGAAAGAAACGAGGGAUCUGAGGUCACAUAGAUACAAAGAUACAAACCUAGACUAGUUUCAUACGAGGCGAAAAUAGAGUUUAAUAUUUGUAGCUUUACGACCAGAGGAUGCAAUUCUAAAUAUUAAAUGUAGGAUCUAGAGGUGCAACUCAAGUUUACCAAACAACACAAAAAUCAAAGCAAAAUACUUACAGCCUGCAUAAAAACUAGUCAAAUCACACCAUAUGAUGUGCGGUCGUUCAGGUGAAAAUUCUAAAACCAACCAGUUUUGAAAGUCUCGAAUUGGGAAAUUUGAAAUAGUCAAAAAUGGUUGGUUUGGUUUUGUAUUUUCUGGAACUGAGCGAGCCACAGAUUAUUGUUUUUCACUCAAUAUUCCACAAAGGUCCGUUUCCUUACAUGCUAUUUAAAAGUUAAAGCAUUUUCCUACUUUAAUUAGGUAUUUUAUUAAAGAUAAUUUUAUUUCAAUAUUAAUAUAUGAUUAUUAAAAACUGUGUUAAGAAAACGGGCCCUUGUUGAACCAAAUAUCCCAUAGAAUUGUUGACGAAUGCGUUUUGUAAAUGUUUAUCAUUAAGAUGGUUACCCUGUUAAUUAUGGAUGAAUCUGAUGACUUGAGAUAUUGCUGUAUACUUAGCUAUGCAAAUUUACCUUUAAGACGUGAUCAGGUUAGCCCGUAUAAAUAGAGUUACUGUUGUUCAAAACCAAUUAAAACUUUAUAGGACUUUAAUAACUCUCAUUACGAACAGUUGUACUCAUGUGGUACACCCAACAUUCCUACAACUAAUACAACUGUUAAUCUGUUUCCACUGGAUUAUAUCCAGACAUCUAGGCGGUUUGAUCACAGUGGGUUUAGAGAACUUUUAAAAGUUGGCUAAACCCAUGAUAGCAGAUCAAAUCAACUAGUCAGCAACGUUCGUAGGUCCAAAAUACGAAUGCCAAACAAUAAAUAAGAGUAAUACGAAUUUAUUGUACAUACAAUAAACAAAUAGAGCAAUUAAGUCGUACAGAACUGUUUUACCCAUUGAAAUAUUAAUUAAAAUUGGAUAUUCAUAUCGGAUACACACCACACACCAAACACACAACAUAAACACAGGAAGUAGAAGAUCGUCUAGUCUCUCUCUCGAAGUAGAAGCCGUCUGUCUACUUAAAUGCGUUUAAAGUAAGUAGAUGUCGAACAAAGAAAUGCAAUUGGAACUAAAGUGCAUUUGCAACACAGAAACGUUUACUUUUUAGCGCACUUCAUGGAUUACGAAAAAGAGUUAAUGAAUUAAUAAUAUAUAUAUAUACAUAUACAAGCAUAACGAACUACAUAUUAUGUACAAUUUUGCCUUUGAAAAUUUUUAAACAGAAACGAUUUCAUUAUCCACAUACAAUUAGAUUUAUGUGUAAAGGAACAAUAAAAUUUCUUCAACUUUUUUGGUAUCCAAAAGAGCAAAAACAACAAA